ACGCCCGUGGCUCGCCCCGCCCUUUCCGCCCGCCCCGCCGGAGGAGCCGCCGGAGGUGCCGCGGGCGCCGGGCCCGGGACGGGCCAGGCCGGAGAGAGCGGGCUGAGUAUCUCCAGGAGGUGCCAGAGUGGUGGCAGGAGCAGCUGAUCCUUGGCAGAAGGUUUGGAAGUUCUGGCCAUGGAUCAGAAGGGCUUUCGUCGGGAGAGCUUCCAGAGUGCGACGAGCGAUGAGGAUAUGCUGGAAAUAGCUGGAGCAUCCAUGGAUUUCUCCAUGGCCGACGAUGACCCGCCACUCGACAGGGAGAUGGGAGGCUUCUCCUCAUAUAAUGGAGGAGGGGUGAACGGCAGGAGUGCCAUGAUGGAUUUCCUGGAGGAGCCUCUUCCUGGCGUGGGCACCUACGAGGAUUUUAACACCAUAGACUGGGUGCGAGAGAAGUCCAGGGAUCGAGACAGGCACAGGGAGAUCACCAACAGAAGCAAAGAGUCCACCUGGGCCCUGCUGCACAGCGUGAGUGACGCCUUCUCUGGCUGGCUGUUGAUGCUCCUUAUUGGUUUGUUGGCAGGUUCCUUGGCAGGUCUGAUUGACAUCUCUGCCCACUGGAUGACAGAUCUGAAGGAGGGAGUGUGUCUGGCAGGGUUCUGGUUCAACCAUGAGCACUGCUGCUGGAAAUCCAACACCACCUUCACUGACAGGGACAAGUGUCCUGAGUGGAAGAGCUGGUCCCAGCUGAUCCUUGGCCAUGGAGAGGGGGCCUUUGCAUAUAUCCUCAACUACUUCAUGUAUGUUAUCUGGGCCUUGAUGUUCUCCCUGCUUGCUGUGCUCCUGGUAAAGGGCUUUGCUCCCUAUGCCUGUGGCUCAGGGAUCCCAGAGAUCAAAACUAUCUUAAGUGGUUUCAUCAUUAGAGGCUACCUGGGCAAGUGGACGCUGGUCAUCAAAACUAUCACCCUGGUGCUGGCCGUGUCCUCAGGGCUGAGCCUGGGCAAGGAGGGGCCCCUGGUCCACGUGGCCUGCUGCUGUGGGAACAUCCUGUGCCACCUCUUCACCAAGUACCGCAAGAACGAGGCCAAGCGCAGGGAGGUGCUGUCAGCAGCUGCCGCCGCCGGUGUGUCCGUGGCUUUUGGAGCUCCCAUUGGAGGAGUGCUCUUCAGCCUGGAGGAGGUGAGUUACUACUUCCCUCUGAAGACCCUCUGGCGUUCCUUCUUUGCUGCACUGGUCGCUGCCUUCACCCUGCGCUCCAUCAACCCCUUUGGCAACAGCCGCCUCGUGCUCUUCUACGUGGAGUUCCACAUGCCAUGGCAUCUGCUGGAACUGGUGCCAUUCAUCCUGCUGGGAAUAUUUGGUGGGCUCUGGGGAGCUUUCUUCAUCCGCAGCAACAUUGCCUGGUGCAGGCGGCGCAAGACGACGCGUCUGGGCAAGUACCCGGUUCUGGAGGUGAUCGUGGUGACAGCCAUCACGGCCAUCCUGGCCUUCCCCAACGAGUACACCAGGAUGAGCACCAGCGAGCUGAUCUCAGAGCUCUUCAACGACUGUGGGAUCUUGGACUCGUCCAAGCUCUGCGAGUACGUGAACAAUUUCAACAGCACCAAGGGGGACGAUCUGCCUGACCGCGCCGCUGGCCCCGGGGUGUACACAGCCAUGUGGCAGCUGGCACUGGCCCUCAUCAUGAAGGUCUUCAUCACAAUCUUCACCUUUGGCAUGAAGGUGCCCUCGGGGCUCUUCAUUCCCAGCAUGGCUGUGGGGGCCAUCGCGGGCCGGCUGCUGGGGGUGGCCGUGGAGCAGCUGGCCUUCUACCACCAUGACUGGGCCAUCUUCAGCGGCUGGUGCAGCCAGGGGGCCGACUGCAUCACCCCUGGCCUCUAUGCCAUGGUGGGCGCUGCCGCCUGUCUGGGGGGGGUGACCCGGAUGACCGUGUCACUGGUGGUCAUCAUGUUCGAGCUCACGGGGGGCCUGGAGUACAUCGUGCCCCUCAUGGCAGCAGCCAUGACCAGCAAGUGGGUGGCCGACGCCAUCGGCCGCGAGGGGAUCUACGACGCCCACAUCCGCCUGAACGGGUACCCCUUCCUGGAGGCCAAGGAGGAGUUCUCGCACAAGACACGGGCCAUGGACGUGAUGCGGCCGCGCAAGAGCGACCCUCCCCUGACGGUCAUCACGCAGGACACCAUGACCGUGGAGGAUGUGGAGACCAUCGUUACCAGCACCACCUACAGCGGCUACCCCGUGGUGGUGUCCCGGGCGUCCCAGCGCCUGGUGGGGUUUGUGCUCAGGAGAGACCUCAUCAUUUCCAUCGAAAAUGCCCGGAAGAAGCAGGAUGGGAUUGUGAGCACCUCAGUUAUUUGUUUCACUGAUUACUGUCCCCCCCUGCCUCCGAGCUCCCCGUCUGUGCUGAAGCUCAGGAGCAUCCUGGAUCUCAGUCCCUUCACGGUGACAGACGAGACGCCCAUGGAGAUCGUGGUGGACAUUUUCCGCAAGCUGGGAUUGCGCCAGUGCCUGGUCACUCACAACGGGAAGCUGCUGGGGAUCAUUACCAAAAAGGAUGUACUAAAGCACAUUGCACAGAUGGCCAACCAGGACCCUGAUUCCAUCCUCUUCAACUAGAGGCAGACUGUAGGGAUUGUGUGUCCCACAUACCUGGAACUUUGUAGCCCAUCCUGGGUAGACUUUCCUAUUUUUAUUGAGACCAUGGAUUUCCAGCGUUUUCCUCCAUGGAGCUGAAGAAGAUAUGUUUUUUUUCUACCAGAUAACGAAUUGCACUACAGAAUCUGUGGAACAUGAUCUUCUUUUUAGAAGACAAAAAAGAGACUUUGUUUUUGUUGCUUUUGUGAGGUUGCAUUGGAAAGAUUCCAUGAAGGAGUAAAAGCAAAAUGUUAGAGAAUUUUAUUUCCUCCUCUUCUUUUGUUGGAACUGCUGUUACAAACGUAGGGAGGAAAAGCCAAGGUGUUUGUGCACUUCCAGAGGUGUGGAAAGAGCAGGAUGGUUUUGCACACAGUAUUCAGGUGGUGGCAGAGGGACAGGGCUGGGCUCAGGGUGGUGUAUUCCCAGUUGUCUCCUUGGGAAAAAUCACAACCUUGGGAAGCCAAAAUAGGGGAGAGAAAAAUAAAAAUUUGGCUGACUGAGGCUGCCCAGCUGAAAGAAGGAAAAAAUAACCCAGCAAACCAACCCACAGCCCACCCCCCCCCCCCAUCAGAUCUCCUUAAAAUGGGGCCUAGUAUCUGAUUGGGAAGAUGCUAGUUUUGAUUAAUUAGUGAAUGUAUUAAUUACUCUGCCACUGCCAUGUCAGGAUGUCAGGAGAACCCCAAGGAGGAGAUAGGAAGAGCUCACAGGUGUCUUCCCAUCCUGCUGCCUUUCUCUGAUCCAUUCCCAAGGAUUCCUUCUCUUUGAUUUCCCCUGAGCACGAAAAUCCCAGAGGCUGAGUCCUGAAUUCCUGCCCUUCCCCAAAGCCCGGUGGUGUUGGACGUGGCACAGGUGGCCUCCUCCUCACCCUGUCCCACCAGGGAGCCCGGUGCCUGGGACAGGGAUGCUGUUCCCUGCUCCCUCCUGUCCCUGGAUCCCAGCUGGAGGAUUCCCAGCAGGGAAUUCCCAGGUCUCCUUUGGCCAACAACUAUGCAAGAAACCCUUCCCACCACAGCCUCCUGUGCUCAGUCCCUGUCCCAGCGCUGACCAAAUGAUUUUCCUGUUAAUAAAACUGUGUCCAUUUACUGGAAUCUGGGAGGCUUCUGGAUGUCUUGGGAGACUGAUGCUCUUCAUCCUGGCCUCAGUUGUUUUAUGUUUGUGGGCAGUGGGGACUUCUGGCUUGACUUGGCUGGGUCCCUCUCAAAAUCUCUCCGAUACAAACAAAUUCCUUGUCUUUCCAAGGAGCAAAAGCCAGAUUCUUGAUUUUCCAAAGCCAUCCAGCAGCCAGUUCCUGCUCUGCUGCUUCCAGCUGAUGUCUCAAUCCUUGUACAGCUCAAAGCUGCUUCAACCUGAGAUGUCACUGAUGGAUCCAGUUCCUUCUGCUUGAGAAAUAAAUGCCUGGACUGGUC